AAUGGAACCCACACGCUACCGGCAAGGAGCGACCGAAUCGCAGGUGUGGCUCAGCCACACUUGCAAAGCCGAGACCCUAGGAGAUGCCAGGCCUGAGAACAGUCUUUCUGCACACACAAAACCGCAACUCGUCCGCUCCGUCGUCGCAUUCUGGACAGUCAUACCUCACGAAGCCUCUCUCAGCAUCCCGACACGUGCCGCAGCGCCGCACGCAUCUCUGGAAACUUCUCGCCACAACGCUCGGCGUCGACUCAGCACACGGACAUAGUGAGUCGCGGAUGACAUAGCCAGUCCCAGCGGACAGGCCAAAUUCCGGGGUCUUUUUUGAAAGGGAACCGAUGAUGCAAUUGAAUCGUUACUUCCCUUCGAACUUCGACACCUCCAAUUCACACCUCACACACCACAACCCACACGCAUCCUUCACCACGACGACGACACCGCACACCAAUUCCUACCCCUCCGAGCCGCAAAUAUACCAGCAAGCAUUGGCUCUGCUGCGACAGGCACAAGAUUCGUAUACUCCCAACACCACAUCGCACCUGCUUCCAGCACCCGCCGUGCAGCAUACGUCUGCAUCGCUCUUGCUGAAUUCGACACCACCACCGGCCUUGAGGCACGACUCGGCCGUAUCAGACGCCACUGUGGAUUGGCAACAGGGCAUGUACGCGGCGUCGUACAACAGCAACGUGGGAGGAACAAAUUAUUCGCAAGGCCUGCAGCGGUCAGGGAGUCAUCAACGCACUCCGUCAGCCUCGACCGUCGCAUCGACUGGUCCGGCGUCUCCGUACACGUACAACAACUCGUAUCCGCACAUCGCCAACACGGAUCGCCUGCCAGACUCACCGGCCAACUUUGCUGACCAAGCAUUGUUCCCAAAAGCCUUUGCGGCAUCUUCACAAAACACAAACGGGAGCGACUUCGCUCCUGUGGGAUACGCGCCCAGUGCGGCAGCUCAUAUGUCCAGCGCACACCUGGCUAUGAAAAACUUCGGAUUCGAUUACCACAACUCUGAAGACUUUUCAGAUUUCCCGCCAUCAAGACAAUCAAUGUCCAGCUACGGCAACGAUUCGCCGGCCACACCACAAUCUGGUGCUGCCGAAGGCGAUACCAAGACAUACAGCUUGUCGCAGCAAAAUGAUUACAAGCCAUCCAACCCACAUGUGCAACUCUUUCGCACGGAAUCGGCAGCAUAUCAAGAUGAGCUCUACAACCCGAAUCAAGGAUAUGCAUCGUCAGCGCCGAAAUCUCAAGCACAGCAGCAAUAUCUGUCACCGCACCGAAAUUUGAUCACAGAACGUUUGCAAACGGCAAAUUUGGCGCGGUCGACAUCGCCCUCUUCGGCCAUAUCGCGCGAUCGCUCACCCUUCAGAGACGGCUCACCACUUGCACCAACGAAAGAAUGGAAGCCUCAGGUGCAAGAUGGGCGUGUCGGCACAGCCGCGAGCCUACGUCAGCAACAGAAAGACGCGGCCGCAGAGGCUGAAUUUGCCCGCAACCGGGCCUCGUUACAGCGAGAGCCGACCAAGACGAUAUCUCCAAAAGAUGCGCUCCUCGACUACAACGAUAAUGACCAGCAACCGCUGUUCCAAGACAGCAUCCCAGCAGGCUACAAGCAACACCUUAGUGGGACCGAGCAGUGGCCAACCAGUACCUAUAUGGGUGCGCCAAGCGUAGCCUUCGCCGGCCUGCCCGCCACUGGUCAACAGAAUAUCAGUUUUAGAAACGCCACCUCAGCUGACACGGAUCUGUCAGCCAACGGAUUUGACUUUACAUCUUUGCCACAGAGCAAUGGUCAAAUGUCCCACAACCCCUACCAGGCCAACUAUCAAGCUGCUAUUGCUGCACAGAUGAACACACACACCGACUCAACUCCGGACUUCCCUGCUGGUCUGCCCUCUAUGGAGACAUCCAUCAGUGACGCUGGCUUCCCACAAUCAUCACAAGAAAGCAUCGCAAACGGCACAGCCGCAACUUCAGCACCACAGAAGCCUGCCGACACUCGUGCCAAUACUGGAGCUUACACUUGCACAUACCACGGGUGUACACAACGCUUCAGCAGUCCCAACGACUUGCAAAAACACAAGCGCGAUUACCAUCGCUCGCAGCAGAAGAAUAACCGGGAAAGCACGUCACCCAACACGACCGCCGAUGAUGAGUCUUCAUCGUCACCCAGGUCUGAGGCCUCGCCCGCGCCAUCGGGUAACGGCAUGACAUCUGCCGCCAUCCUUGCUAGGAACUCGCAAGCCGGACCUCACAAGUGUACACGCAUCAACCCAUCAACUGGCAAGCCAUGCAACACAAUAUUCUCUCGGCCUUACGACCUGACGCGUCACGAGGAUACUAUCCACAACAACCGCAAGCAAAAGGUCCGAUGCCCCAUGUGCCGUGAGGAAAAGACCUUCUCACGAAAUGACGCUCUCACCCGACACAUGCGUGUCGUGCAUCCCGAGGUCGAGAGCAUGGGCAAGCGACCCAGACGCAGCGACUGAGAGCUUGUAACAUCACCAUCGCAUUCCCGCAACAGCAUUUUCCGGCGAACAGGAUCUUAGAAGAGCAGGCUCAUAGUGUGGCAUUUCUUGUUCAUCUUUUCUUACUAUCAUGUACAAACACUUCUCUUGCACGGAUGAAGAUACCAGUGCUGGGCUGUCUACUUCUUUAUGGCAUGGCGAGGGCGAGCAAGCGUUCACUUUACUUACUACGGUAAUCUGAUGUCACGACUAAAUGAACUGCUGGGUGGCGCAGGUCGCUUGCCAUGAGAAAGAAAGGAAACUUUGUAGCAUUUUGAAGCAUCCGGGAGGAAAAGAAGGAAAGGGUUUUUCGUAUUAGCGAAUGUACCAACAGAACUAUUAUCAUUAUUCCUCCG